GGGGAUCUGUUAUAAACAGAAGAUUUGUCAUAUACACACGUAGUGCAGCAGUUCGCUGUAUUUAUAUCUGAGGUAACGGGUAUUUCACGCACUUCCCUUGCUUUCCCACACCAUCAGCCAAUCAGAGAGGAGCAGGAGCUACGAGCUUUAAAAUCCGAAGGUGAGAUGGUUGUUUAUAGCACGCGAGUUUCCUUCCUCUCCCGCUGUGGGAAAACACUGUCACGAGCCACUAAAAGUGUGCCUGACACCUGCUUAGAAGUCCAGUGGUGUUGACACGACCAAUAAGUCGGUGUGAGGCAAUAAAACGAGUCCGACACGCUUCAGACAUCGAGACUUUGAUCUUUGCAGAGGUGUUAUUGCUCCAAUGAAAACGGACUUUCCCAGCCUCAGGUCCCAGUUUAUUGCAUUGAUGUACGUUACAGAGGGUCUCCAAAGAAAUGAAAAGAAAUUGCUAACGUGUGAUUUUAACAAAUGUAAUCUGCACGUGCGUGAGUUAAAUUAAAUGUUUACCAUUCAUUUUAUCAGAGGUGAAAAAGUUUGAACCUUUUAAUUCACAAGCCCCACUUUAAUUUGACUUAAAGAGAGUGUGGUAUUCCAGAUAGAAAUCAGUAAAAUAAUCAACAUUAAUACAGAUAUUAUCAACAAACAUUAUUAUUAUUUUUUAGAAACAUCUUAGUUUCAAUAAAAAUUAAAUUUUAUGACUAUAUACAACAUAUUAAAACUCCCAGCACUGGAUUUUGUUAGUCAAAAUAAUGUUUGCAUCAAGUUUAGAUUAUAUAUAUAAAAAAAAAAAAAAAAAGUAAAGAUGCAGUUUAAUCACAUAUUUAGUGCAUGAAACGCUAAAUUUAAUUAUUGAAAGAGUGAUUGACCUAUUGAUUAAUUGGAACCAGAUAAGGUAAAUGUAAGUCCUGUGGGAUUUGUACAGCCAAUGUUUGAUUUGAUUUGUUGAGGACGCCUCACCCACUGGCCUCAGAGUGUGGGAAAGCUAAUCCUGACUGGGACUCAUGGCUUUGUAAUGCUAAUGAGCUCCUAUAAAUAGAGGAGCACGACCCUCAUUCCCAACACAACCAACUUGCUCUCCUCAGAGAAACAUCUCUCCAUCUGAAAGAAUGGCUCCAACUUACAUGACUGACUACUCCAAACUUUCCAACAAGGAGAAACAUAAAUUAAGAAAACCUGUGGUGGAAAAGAUGCGCAGAGAUCGCAUCAACAACUGCAUCGAGCAGCUCAAAUCCAUGCUGGAGAAGGAAUUCCACCAGCAGGACCCAAACGCCAAGCUGGAGAAAGCCGACAUCCUGGAGAUGACGGUGGUCUUCCUGAAACAGCAGCUGCAGCCCAAGACUUCAGCUCCACAGAAAGCCCACUUGGAUGGCUAUUCCCAGUGCUGGAGGGAGACCAUGAACUUCCUAUCUGUCAACUCCAAGGUGGACGCUGUACGUCAGCAUCUGAACCACUGCCAAGAAUCCCAGAGAUCAGCUAAAGUCCUCACUCACAUGUCUCCGGCUUCCCAUCAGCCCACGAAGGUGAAGGAGGAACCAUGUGCUCACAGUCCGCUCUGGAGACCCUGGUAGAGACCCCAAGAUGACAGACUUUCACAUUCAAACUAGAUGGUGGUUUUACCAUCUCUUAUGUUGUAGGAGAUAAUUCCUUUUCUAUGUUAAUUUCUUUUGAAAGAAUGUCUUCACGUUGUGAAGUUUGUGGAUGGAAAUGGGUUUCACAAUGUGAAAGUCUGAUCUUCCACAGAUGAUUGUAUUAUGAUCAGAGGUUUAUUGCCUCUAUAGUUUUCCUCAUGGAUGGACAGUAAUAUACGUAUAAAUAAUCUUCAUGAUGAAGAGUCGAGGUUUAACUCCUGUGGAGUUGAUAAUUAUUUGCAAUGCAAAUGUUAUUGUUUCUUCUUAUGAAGGAUGUGAUUUUUCACUUAUGUCUAAUAUAUGGUGACAUAUGUUACUUGUGCAAACAUACUGUCACAAAAAUAAACACAUUUGAAUAUAAACAAUCCUGCUUUCCUCUAUGUAUGAUUAAUAGACUUUUGAAAUUUAAACAGUGUUUUUUUUUUUUUUUUUAACAAACCAUCUCACGUCAGUUGUCAAGUGGUCUUAUUUUCAGAUAAUGGGGGUCCAUUUACACUUUUACCUUAAUGUAAACUCCUUCAGAGUUGGGGUAUGGAUCAAUCUAUCUGGGUUUAUUUUGCAAUAAUGACCCUUACAAUAAUAAUCCCUUACAUUCUGAAUAUUAAAUGAGUUUAAAACCAUGUAUAGACCCCCAACCCCAAUGAUGAAUGUGAUUUCACCAUGUUCCUACAUCAACAUUUUUGAUGUUCCUGGAACAACAUUCCAAUCAACCAAUCAAAUUUGAGGGACAAGUUUACUGUUUAUGUCAAGUUUUGGCUUACAACCAGGGUUAGGUGCUUCUACAUCAGUGUUAUUCACCUGUCUUUCCCCUCUCAUUUUAGGGAUAAGUUAUGGGUAGGAUUAGGUUUAGGGGUAGGAAUAGGGUUAAGGACAGGAAUGUUGUUCCAGGAUCAACAAAAUUUGUUGGUCCAGUAACAUUUAUUACUUGGCAAAAUCAUGGUGACCAUAUUUUAAAAUCUGUCCUAUGCCCUUUAAGCAUUUUUUUUUUUUUUUAAAUAAUGUAAUCAUUGGCAUGUAUUAGUUGAGUGUGUACCAGGAGCAUGACUACAGAGUUCAGUGUGUGAGAAAGAACGCAGGGGCUUAAUGUUCGUGUUUGUACUUUGAAACCCUUGAUAAUAGGCACUGUGUGCUGUCAGCUCUGGUUUCAUCAGACAGCUGGUGUGG